CUAUAAUAACGGUGCUCGACGAGUUAAUUGAAUUGUAAAAUAUUUCAGCUGCAGAGCCUAUUCUUUUCUUAUAGGAAAUACGAAUAAAUAUAUUAUCUCUUAUUACUAGUGUGAUAUUACAGUUGUAAACAUAUAUUUUUGAAUCACACUAAGCAGUUACGCAAUCGGCGUGACCUUGAGACCCUACUGAGCCACGAGACCGUUUCAAUUAAGUACCGUACUCGGCAAUGCGUGUACGACGCAAUUGUAAAAUUGGGUGAGUCAAUUGUUAAUUCACGUCCUACUCAGUACAUACAGUAACACCGAACUAAAUAAAUAAAUUGAGUAUUUUUAACGUCUUUAAGUAUUGUUCGUGAUGUUACUAAACAUUACACAUCUUUUAUUCUUCUACUAGUUUUUGCCAGCGGCCUCGCCCGCGUUCACGUUCGAAAAGUCUAUGUUUUAUUCCAGAUUAUAAUCUACAUCUAUUCCAAAUUUCACAUCGAUACUUACAGCCGUUUUGACGUGAAGGAGUUACAAAUAAAUAUACAAACUCAUUCAUAAUAUUAGUAGGAUUAGGUUGGCAAAGAUUAACUGAAAGUGCCAUUUUAGCGAGAUGUAUUAUUACUUAUAUUGUAUAGAAUUAGCUUAAACUGUUAAACAUCGCGAGGACACCGGUGACCGCAACCUAUUGUUCUUUAAUUGUGUCUAUAAUGACGGUACUCAACGAGUGAAACUAAUAUUCCAAGGCUAAUCACUACUGUUAAUCUAUUUACAAGAACAAUGUUUAUCAAAGCGUACAAAAAAGACAAAUAAUGUAGGUAUAUUUAUCAAAAACCCGCGUGAUAAUAUUAGUACAUAAUUCGUACAACACUUUAUUAACAUAAACACCACAUGUUUUUAUCUAUCGUAGAAUUUUUUGUUAAAUUUAAUAACAAUAUAGAGGCAAGAAUUUGAUCUCAACAUCGUUUUUUCUACGUCUGUUUUAAACAGGUAUGGUAGGCCUGUCUUAAUUUAAAAAUUCCUUUUUGAUGUUACAUCAUGACAUCGCCACGCCUAUUUAUCAAAGAAAGAGAUGGAAAUACUCUACUAUUUACCAUAAUACCCAUUCAUCAAGUACCAUUUUCCUCGAUGUAAGGUUAAAUUAUACCUUUUGUCUUUCCAUGGGUUAUGUAAUGUGCCAUUUACGACACAAACAAACAUACAUGUGACUAUUGACAUUUUCGAAGUUAAUCAGAUAUUGAUAAAAAAUAUUAUAAGCCUUGAUAAACACGUUUAUUAAAAACAAAACGUAGGUAUUAUAUUUAGGUAACAAUAACAACAACAAACGUGUCUGUCCAACAAUAUAACAACAGAUCUAAUGGUUCAUUCAUUCAUUCAUUCAAUUCACAUUAUUCGGUGACUGAGUUGUGUACUCUCUGCAAUGUGCGGAAUAAACUUAUUACUAGUGAUAAUAGUGUUAUGUGGUUGUUUAUACUAUUACUUUACAAGGACGUUUAACUAUUGGAAGAAGAGAAAUGUUCGUGGACCAAAACCAACAGUCUUUUUCGGAAACAUCAAAGAUGCAGCUCUGCGAAACAAAAAUCACGGCAUUGUCAUUCAAGAGAUAUACGACAUGUUUCCGAAUGAAAAAGUCGUUGGUAUUUAUAGAAUGACGUCACCUACGCUACUGGUACGUGAUUUAGAUAUAAUCAAACAUAUCAUGAUCAAGGACUUCGAUGCUUUCACUGAUCGUGGGCUGGACUUCAGUAACCGAGGUUUAGGACAAAACUUAUUCUUUGCUGAUGGAGACACAUGGACAGCUUUAAGGAGUCGAUUUACCCCAAUUUUUACAACGGGUAAAUUAAAAAAUAUGUUUUAUUUGAUAAAUGAAGGCGCCAAUAAUUUUGUGGAUUAUGUUAGCACUGAAUGCCAAGUAAAAGAAGAUUUUGAAGUGGUCUCCCUUCUUCAAACAUACACGUUAUCUACGAUCUCAUCCUGUGCCUUUGGAAUUAGUUAUGAUAGUCUAAAUGAUAAAGUAGAGACACUAAAAAUUGUUGACAAAAUACUUGCGAGACCUAGUCAUGCACUUGAAUUAGAUAUGCUGUAUCCAGGACUUUUAAAGUCGCUUAACUUAUCCAUCUUUCCAAGAGAAGUACAACAAUUUUUCAAAAAUCUUGUGGAUCUCAUAAUCACUCAGAGGAAUGGGAAACCUUCGAACAGGAACGACUUCAUGGACUUAAUACUCGAACUUCGUGAAAUGGGAGAAAUAAAUAGCACGAAACAUGGAAACACUGCGAAGCCAAUUGAAAUAACUCCAGAAGUAAUAGCGUCACAAGCUUUUACAUUUUACGUAGCUGGCUAUGAAACCAGUGCUACUACAAUGUCGUACAUGCUUUACCAACUAGCAAUGAAUCCAGACAUUCAAAAUAAGUUAAGGGCAGAAGUUGACAAAAUAACCCAAGCUAAUAAUGAAGAAAUAACAUACGAAACCAUUAAGGAAAUGAAAUAUCUGAGCAAAGUCUUUGAUGAAACUCUGCGAAUGUAUUCGAUUGUGGAACCUCUGCAGAGAAAAGCUACAAGAGACUACCAGGUACCUGGAACUGACCUGGUAAUAGAGAAAAACACGAUGGUACUCGUAUCCCCGAGAGGUAUACACUAUGAUGAGAAAUAUUACGAUGAUCCUGAAGUAUUCAACCCUGACAGAUUCGCCCCGGAGGUGGCGGGCAACCGCCAUCCGUGCGCUUACUUACCGUUUGGAAUUGGACAACGAAAUUGUAUCGGUAUUCGGUUUGGAAAACUGCAGUCUCAACUGUGCAUAGCGAAGAUUUUAUCUAAGUUUGAAGUGGAACCUUCGAAGAAUACACCAAAGAAGUUAGAAGUGGAACCAGACAGGGUUCUCAUUGGACCAAAAGGGGGAAUACGUCUGAAAUUAGUGCCAAGAAAAAUUAAGACGUAGAUUAAAGAAGAAAUAAGGUCGAUUUUUAAGCCUGCUUCAUACGGCGGGUUACAAGAGCAACUGUCGAGCAUGGGGUCUCGGGCUAAAUUUUCCAAGCUAAGCAAAUUAUUAUUGGGCCUUUAAAAAUCCAGCUCAGCCUUUGCUGAGCAUAUUGAGCUGAGCUUUCAGCCGUCUUGUUGUUUACCUCUAAUAUCAUAAUAGCCUGGACCCUGAAAUCGUGAUAUGUCUUCUGCCUAUUCUUAAAUAUAACAAGAGACUCGUCCGUAAUUGGCAAAAAGUGAAGGUUAAAAUAUAAUACGAAUUCGAAGAAUUACUAUACUGUAAUAUUGUGUACCUAUAUUUCGUUAUAUACAUAUAGUUUACGGCACAAUAUUAUAAAUUUUAAUUUGUACUUUAGUUUGCAGAAUAAAUAAGCUAUUUUGUAGUGUUGUUGUUUUAUAUCAAAAUCAAAAUAAACCGAUGUAAUUAUAUCUAGACGCUGUUAAUAAAUAAUAACAAAUAGUUUUGUUAAAAAUACAAAGUGCAUUUAAUAGUAAAUUCUUAACACAAAAUGUUUUAAAAUAAUAAAACAAACUGAGUAAUCGAAACCUUUUGAGAGGUUGUAUUCUUAGAAAAAAGUAUUAUUAUCUAUUUAUAUACUUUGACAAAACCUGUGAAUAAUGUCGCAUUGUUGUUCAUUGAUAUUACUUAGUUUUUAGUAUAUGUAUUGUAUUUCUGCAUACAUUAAUCUUAAAUUUUGUAAAACUAAGUUACAUUCUCAGCUAAUACAAUAAAUAACAAUAGUAUAAGUAACUUAUGAAGUUUCUACAACAAUAAAAGAGUUUUGUAAUACAUAGUUGAUUAUUUUUCUUUCAAGUCUAAAGAACACAAUCUAUUGAAGUUCUGAGUGCAUUCCUAUAGUAUAGAUAUAUCAAACACUACUAAAGAGCAGACAAUGAAAGAUACAAUUCGUCUAUUUCGCAACAAAAUGAUUGCAAACAAAGUGAUUAUAAGUGUCGCGUAGCCAUCCACAUAGUAGCAAAAUGUUACAUAAAAAGAUAAUUGCGAAUGUCACAGAGAUUCAAAAACUCACUAAAAUCAACAAGUCUUCGCCAUUUGCUUCAAACAGCGAAUAGGCAUUACAAUAUCACGUAAUACAAAGCUAUUAUCUCUGAACUGUAGUUAACUUAAAACAAAUUUGGUGAUAACGCACACUAACACUGAUAA